CCCCCUUCUUUCCAAAGAGAAGCAAAAGAAUCACUCCAGUUCUUCUCAUCUGCAGGUGCUUUUAUGUUGCAUCCGGAGGUAGGGUACCAAAUGCUGUAGAAUAAUAAAGAAGUUGCUAUCUCUUUCUCUGAAGUAAUUGUAAAGAAAAAAAAUGAAGAGGAACAUUUACAAAACGAACACGUGCUAGAUGGAAAUGUACAUGAUUGACACUGACUUCAGUUCUAGGAUUUGCACAUCAACUUUUAGGAGACAGUGUCUUUUACUUUGGUAGAAGUAUUGGUUUUAAACUUGUUGAUAGGGAUUCAUCUAGGAAGAAAUGGAAGCACCGAAUGCCACAAUAUCGGAUAGUAAGCCUCCGGUUCUGCAUGGCUCAAAGAGGAAGCUGGCAACACAGCUUACGACAGACUUUCCUGGGGCUUCACAUGUGAUUUCACGGCGGCUGCCUGGCUUGUGUUUAGCUUCCCAGAAGCAUGGCAAGCGUAGGAGGUUAAAUGAUUGCAAAGGCAGAGUUGUGAGUUGUGGUUUUACUUCAAAAAGAUCUUUGUUACUUUGCUAUUCAAAUUUUAAGAAAACAGGCAUUCCAAAGCGCAUAAUGUACUAUGAGAAGGGUGAAUGGACUGAUUUUCCCCACGAUCUUAUUGCCUCAAUCAGGAAAGAUCUCAAUACAAAGAAGCCAGCUAUUGAGGCUGAGAUAGAUGGUCAAUCUUUUCUGCUAGAUUUCUUGCAUAUGUUUCGACUGGAGCUGGAAACUGGCAUAAUGCACCCGAUUGGUUGGAUUGAUGAAGCUGAUGGCUGUUUCUUUCCUGAGACUUUUACCAGUGGUGAUGAAGAAUGUCAGUGCUGUGAACAUGAAUAUGUGAAUGAUAUGUUUAGUGAAUCUCAUUUCCCCCAUGAGAUCAAGCUGCACCUUGAGAUUGACAUUAAUGGUGUUGAGCAGCCAAAGUUGAAGGAAUGUAGUGCGGAAUCAAAUUCUUUCGAGAGACAUAUUCAAAUUGCUCAGAAACCUGCCUCUAGUUAUUGUGCUAUAGAAGUUGAGGAUAAUUGCAAUAGGGAUGCGGAUGGAGAACCCAACAAAGCUGUUGAGGAUAUUCAAGAGACAAAGAUAAACUCGGUCGAUGAAAACCAGUUUGUAGAUGUACAGUUCAAUGAGCAGUUGGACUCUUCUGCUGUUGAGAACAUGUUUCUCAUGGGUAUGAACCCUUGUGGAGGUGUGGAUAAGCUCAAUAUAAAACCCUGCUCCAGUACACAAUAUAGAUUAGAAAGAUUCCUUAAGCAGGUUGAAAUCAUGAAAAAGUAUAGGGGUACUGCAAAUGUUCAAUGUGCAUGGCUUGCUUCCUCCAAAGCAGCAUUGUCCACCAUCAUGAUGCAUGGGUUUGCGCACUGUGGUCUUUCUGCAAUCCCACACUUAUAUGGCUCUGGUAUUCAUCUUGCUGCAUCAGAAUGUAUUAAUGCCAGUGCAAAGUAUUGUGAUAUUGACGAAAAUGGAGUGCAGUACAUGAUAUUAUGUCAUGUAAUAGUGGGAAAGACGGAGCUUCUUUGCCCUGGAAGUGGACAAUGCCUUCCUAGCAGUGAGGAUGUUGAUAGUGGAGUGGAUGAUCUUCAACAUCCAAAGUAUUAUAUUACCUGGAACAUGAAUAUCAAUACUCAUAUUUAUCCUGAAUAUUUUGUUAGUUUCAAGCUCUCCUCCAAUGAUAAAGGUGUUAUUGCCUCAUCGAAAGGAUUCCAAGGGCAUUUGUCAUGCAACAAUAUAUUCAGGAUAAAUGGGAGUAUUAAUCACCAAAAUUCAGAUUCAAGGGGAUUCCAAGAAAAUGAUCCUACUCUGGGUUCAAGGACCACUAAAUCCCCUUGGAUGCCUUUCCCUAUGUUGUUUGCUGCUAUCUCAAAUAAAAUUCCUCGUGUAGAUAUGGACCAAGUCUCUAAUCAUUAUGAACUAUUCAGGGCAAAGAAGAUAACUCGUGAUGAUUUUGUCAAAAAGUUGAGAUUGGUAGUUGGGGAUGGUUUGUUAAAGUCAACAAUUACAUCUCUGCAACGCAAGGAUACCACCUAGGCAUGAAUUGGAGGUUGCAAAACAGAACAUGAAGGGUCCUGAAAGCCUCUGAGUUUACCAUUUAUAUAUAUCUUAUGCUAAGCUCCAAAGGUAUUGGUGCUGUCCAGUGACUCGUGGUUCUUGCUAUCAAAAUCCGUCGACAUGAUAUGGACAUGUUUGGAGGCACUACGUAGACAUAUUUGAAGGUAAAGCUCUGACCUGGUUUUCGGUGGUGUAAUUGCUAGGUACUUCUCCCUAGUCUCUUGCAACAAUGAUUUCGUAUUCUCUUAAACCCAAGAUUUUGUUUUCAACCGGAACUGGCUUGCAAGCCCCUUAUCAUAGAUUUUUUUCUUUCCUGAAUUUGAACGUGCUGCAUCGACGUUUUGUGCAAAUAAUAAUGAAUUUUUCUACA